GUGUGAAUGAUCAGAUUGUACAAUUUGACAAUCUUAUGAAUCAAAAGGAAGAUAAGCUGAGACAGAGAUACCGUGACACAUACGAUGCUGUUUUGUGGCUGAGAAAUAACAGAGACAAAUUUAAGCAAGGAGUCUAUGAGCCCAUAAUGCUUAUGAUCAAUAUGAAAGAUAAUAAAAAUGCCAAAUAUAUUGAAAAUCAUAUUUCAUCAAAUGACUUGAGAGCCUUUGUAUUUGAGAGUCAAGAAGAUAUGGAAGUUUUCCUCAAAGAGGUUCGUGACCAUAAAAAAUGGAGAGUAAAUACAGUGCUUGCUCCCAAGAUUUCAUAUGCAGACAGAGCACCUUCAAUAUCUUUGAAUGAACUAAAACAAUACGGAUUUUUCUCUUACUUGAGAGAGUUGUUCGAUGCACCUGCUCCCGUCAUGAGUUACCUUUGCAGCCAGUAUCAUAUUCAUGAAGUUCCUGUAGGAACUGAAAGGACCAGAGAAAGAAUUGAACGGGUAAUACAAGAAACACGAAUCAGACAAAUGUAUACAGCAGAAGAAAAGUAUGUGGUGAAAACUUCUGUUUAUUCAAACAAAGUUAUUUCUAGUAACACAUCCUUAAAAGUAGCCCAGUUUCUCACAGUUACUGUGGAUCUAGAGCAAAGAAGACGCUUAGAAGAACAUCUAACGGAAGUUAAUAGAAAAUUGCGAGCAGUGGAAUCAGGUUUGAUGGCCUUACGUGAGACAAACAAACAUCUAGAACACAAAGAUAAUGAACUCAGACAAAAGAAGAAGGAUCUGCUUGAGAGAAAAACCAAGAGGAGGCAACUGGAACAGAAAAUUAGCUCCAAACUAGAAAGUUUAAGGCUGAUGGAACAGGAUACUUGCAACCUUGAAGAGGAAGAGCAAAAAGCAAAUACCAGAAUCAAAGAAAUAAAUGUUCAGAAAGCAAAACUUGUUACCGAAUUAACAACCCUGAUUAAGAUUUGCACUUCUUUGCAUAUACAAAAAGUAGAUAUAAUUCUUCAAAAUACUACAGUGAUCUCCGAGAAGAACAAAUUAGAAUCAGAUUAUAUGGCUAUAUCAUCACAGCUACGUCUCACAGAGCAACAGUUCAUUGAGUUGGAUGAGAGCAGACAGAGAUUAUUGCAGAAAUGCAAGGAACUCAUGAAGAGAGCUAGGCAAGUGUGUAACCUGACUGCAGAGCAGACCAUUCCUCAAGAUUACAUGACACAAGUACCCACCAUUCCAAAUGGACACAACUCCUCACCCCCCAUGGCUUUCCAAGAUCUUCCAAACACAUUGGAUGAAAUUGAUGCUUUAUUAACUGAAGAAAGAUCAAGAGCUUCUUGCUUCACAGGACUGAAUCCUACAGUUGUUGAUGAUUACACAAAAAGAGAAGAAGAAAUAGUGCAAUUAACUGGUGAACUAAAGAUAAAGAAAGUUGAACUGGAUAAAUAUAGGGAAAACAUUUCACAGGUAAAAGAGAGAUGGCUUAAUCCUUUAAAAGAGAUGGUAGAAAAAAUUAAUGAAAAAUUCAGCAGAUUUUUUAGUUCUAUGCAGUGUGCUGGUGAAGUUGUUCUCCAUAUAGAAAAUGAGGAAGACUAUGAUAAAUAUGGAAUUCAAAUUAGAGUCAAAUUUCGCAGUAGUACUCAGCUGCAUGAAUUAACUCCUCAUCAUCAAAGUGGAGGCGAAAGAAGUGUUUCUACCAUGUUAUACUUGAUGGCCCUUCAGGAGCUUAAUAGAUGUCCAUUCAGAGUAGUGGAUGAAAUCAAUCAGGGAAUGGACCCGAUCAAUGAACGGAGAGUGUUUGAAAUGGUUGUAAAUACUGCUUGUAAAGAAAACACUUCUCAGUACUUCUUUAUUACACCAAAGCUCCUACAAAACCUCCCUUAUUCUGAAAAGAUGACAGUAUUAUUUGUCUACAAUGGUCCUCAUAUGCUGGAACCAAACAAAUGGAAUUUAAAGGCUUUCCAAAGACGGCGGCGCCGUAUUACGUUCACUCAACCUUCUCAGUAAAAAUAAGAGGAGAGAACUUUGGAAUUUUUCUGUUAACUUCUAUUUAUCAGUAUGACUCAACUGAAUAAAAGCUAGGAGAUCCAUUAAGACUGAAAUAUCAGUUCUUUUGGAAACUUGCUGUUAAAUACAAAUGGGUUGAUGGAGACUGUGAUGACUUCUUUCUGUGGAAUAGUCUGGUAGUAAAAAUUACAUCUUUGUCAGUCAGUCUUUGUUGACUUGAGUCCGUCUCACUCUAACUGCAAGUCAUUGGUCCCCAUUUUAAAAAGUAUUUACUAUUUGAAAUCAGAGGUAUAGUGGGAGGGGUUAUCGUCAUAGGAAGUUUAGUUGACAUGGUAACCCUGAGCUUUAACUGCAGAGUAACUUUAAUUAUUUCUAGAGUCUAAAGAUGACUCUAGAGCUUAAGUCAUAGUUUUCUCCCAGUGUUAUAUUUAAUUUUUAAAAAUUGACAUGGAAAUGUCUAAUGUACAGUAUUAAUUUAUGACAAAUCUAUUCAUUUCUUCCUAUUUUAAAGAUGACCUUAUCUCCACUAGGAAAUGGAAUUUUAUGGGCCUUUAAACAAGUUUUAUGAAACUUGGUACUAUAAUUGUAUUGGUAUCUCAAAAGAAGAAAAGUACUGGUUUCAAAAAUGGUAGUGGGACUUCUUUGAAAUGCCACAAGGUGGCCACUAGAUGAUGCAAGAUGCAACCAAAAGACUGACAGAAAAUAAAAUGAAGUGACAAGCGUUUUUAACGAAUAACCCUGUAAAGUGUGUGGGUUUUUGUUUUUGUUUUUUUUUAAUUUAAAGUCAAUUGUAUUUUACAU